CAUGCAUCAUAAUAAUGAAGCGGAAAAACACUGAGAUUUGUGCAUAGAACAACAAAUAAGAAAUUAGCAUCAAAUUACUUGGGUUCGCAACUCAAAGCAAUUUAAACCAUCUCUUCCAAAAGAUCAGAUUCCUCCCAAUUUCCAACAAGAAUCAGAUACUUCCCAUUUUCAUUUUUCUACCCCACCAACCAUCUCAAUCCCUCUCAGGCAUCGCUCUCAUCAUGCAUCUAUAUGAGCGAGUGUCAUUGUGUCAGCAUAUAGAAAGAAGAAAAACUCAAUUUGUUGGCGCGCGUAAAGAUAAAAUCCACUAGAAAAAAAAACAAACCCAACACCAACCUUUUCCACAUCUCCUGAUUCCCAAACCCUAAAUUCUGAAAUCAAAAAAAGAAAAGAAAAAAAAAAGAUCACAAAUUUAUCCAGAGAACAGAGCAGAUCAAAUCAGAAUUGAAGCAAUUGAAGAUCACCAAGGUAAAGAAAAAACCCAAAUUGAUUUUCAAUUUUCAAUACCAGCCAUGGUUCAAGAAGUAGGAAAAAUUGAAUCAGAGCUGGGGAAUGGGAAAGUUGCUCAAGUAUUAGUAGUAGGAAAUUAUUGUCAUGAUGUAUUAAUUCAAGAUGAUAAAAUUAUUGGUGAAAGUCUUGGGGGUGCAUCUUCAUUCAUAUCAAAUGUAUUUGAUAAUCUCUCAAUCGAUUCUGAUUACAUUUCAAAAGUGGGUUUUGAGUUUGCUUAUUAUAACUCAGUUACUCAUAAACCUAUUUCAUCUUCAUCAUCAAUGACAACACUUUUUCAUGCAUAUUUUUCAUCAGAUGGGAAUCAAGAAAGAACCCUUAGAAGAAUUCAUGCAUGUGAUCCAAUCUCAGUAUCUGAUCUUCCAAAUUCAUCAUCAAGAUUUGAUUUUGGUUUAGCAGUAGGUGUUGGUGGUGAGAUAUUGCCUGAAACAUUACAACAUAUGAUUGAUAUUUGUGAUGUUGUGUUUGUUGAUGUUCAAGCUUUGAUUAGGGUUUUUGAUUCAAUUGAUGGGACUGUAAAACUUGUUAGUUUGAAAGAAAGUGGGUUUUUUCAUUUACUACCUAGAAUUGGGUUUUUGAAAGCUUCAGCUGAAGAAGCACUUUUUGUUGAUAUUGAAGAAGCAAGGAAACAUUGUUGUGUAGUUGUAACAGAUGGGAAAGAUGGGUGUAGGGUUUAUACAAAGGAUGAUAAACUGCAAAUUUCACCUUUCCCUGCUGUUCAGAUCGAUCCGACUGGUGCCGGGGAUAGUUUCUUAGGGGGAUUGGUUGCUGCACUUAUACAAGGUCGGCCUGUUUCAGAUGCUGCGUUACUUGGGAACUUUUUCGGUUCGUUAACUGUUGCACAAAUCGGAAUACCAAAGUUUGAUUUGAGGUUGAUGCAGAUAGUCAAGGAUGAGCUGCAUCAGAGGAGAAUUAUAUGCAUCGACCAUUGUGAAAGACGAGAUAUGGAGCCAGAGGUAAACACAUCCAUAGAAGAAAACCUCGGUUUCCAAGAAUUCCUUAAUUCAAUUACGGAACACCUUCCCACCCACAACAGUGAGGAAGAAAAUCCUCUGGGCGCUCGGCAUUCACCUGCUAAAGCAAGCGAGAAGAACAACCAAUACCAGAUAAACAGUCACCAUAAGUUAACACUUGUUCCUGUUUAUAAAGAGGCAGCUUCAGUCGUUGAUAGCCAAUUACAUGAUACAACAUAAUUUAACACUUAAUCCUGUCCAUGGUGCAUCUCCAGUCAUUGAAAGCCAACUACCAUGACACGGGGAGGGGUGAAGAGCUUCACCCUCAAAAUUCUCUUUUUGAAUAAUGGUCGCCAUGUAGAGAUGUUAAUUUUACAUGUUAACCCCGUUACAACAGAAAUUGUAAGAGUUUAUACAUAAAGUUCCUUCCAACC